ACACACAUCAGCUCAGGAACACAUGCUGAAAAGAUAUUAGAGGGACAGCUGAAUGGUGUUCUUUCUGUAACUCCUAUGUGUUACAAGUUGAAAGCUACGGGUUUCUAUUAAUUUAUUCUUUUUCCACUGGGUUGACUUCAACAUACUGCUCAACCUAUAGAGAUUAGCAGAACGAAGUAUAUCAACAAGUAGCUCACCAUGAGGGUCUGCUGUUUAUGCACUUGGUUACUGUUGCUGAUCAUCAGAAUAGAGGCAGACUAUGCUUUUCGUGAUGGAGAUGUGAGACUGAGUAAUGGGAACAAGCCAAACAAUGGCCGUGUUGAGGUUUACUACGAUGGCCAGUGGGGGACAAUAUGUGAUGAUGGCUGGGACAUUAAUGAUGCCGAUGUGGUCUGCCGAUUCUUGGGCUAUGGCAAUGCAACUAAAGCCAUUGGGAAUGCUGCUUUUGGAUCGGGGUCAGGUCCCAUCAUACUUGAAGGUGUUGAAUGUGAUGGAACAGAAUCCUCACUGGCAUUUUGUGGUAGCAAAGGCUGGAAAGUAACCGACUGCCAACAUUCUGAAGAUGCAGGUGUUGAAUGUGAAGGGGCACUUGAUCCAGAAGCUGACAAGUUGUACUUGCUUGAUCAAUCCCGUGAGGUCUCUGCAACACUGGUCAGACUAUUCCAAAGCAAGUGGCUCUGUGACUUUUAUAUCCACGUUGUGACCCGAAAUGAGUCAGAGAGUAAAACUUUCUGUGCCCAUCAGCUGAUUCUUGGCUUGAAUAAUAAUGCAGAUUUUCUGUUGAGGGACAAUGCAACUUCAUACACAAUGCAGGUAGAAGACCAGUGCUUCCCCUACGCUGAAGAGUUCAUUAGAUAUCUCUAUUCCAAAAAAAUUGAAGUUGGUCUCCACUCUGCUCGCUGCCUCCACCAAAUGGCAGUCUUGUAUGGUAUAGCUGAUCUGCAGGAGUUCUGCAGCAAAAUUAUUUCACAGCUGCUGCCAGAUGACCCUACAUUUGAAACUCAGAUCGACUUCUACAACUAUGCUGUUUCCAUUGAAGAUACCUUCCUAGAAGACAUUUGCUUGCAGUAUCUGGCUUGGAAUUGUGAGACCUUCACCAAGUCUGACAUGUGGCUUACUGUAAGUGCAGGGCUGAUGGAGGCUUUAUUGUCCAGAUCAGACAUUGUCAUUGAAAGUGAACUAGCCCUCUUACAAGCUUUAAGGAACUGGAUCAUAUCAAACAACAACACCAAGCCCCAGACUAUGAAAAACUUGAUUGGAAUGAUUCGAUUUGCCAUGAUUCCACCAGAAAGUCUGUAUAAAGAAAAAUAUAAUCUAACUGUAUAUCCACUCCAUGAAAUGAUUCUAUAUCCUUUAUACAUACAAGCAAUGGAGUUCCAUACUGUAGGUUUUGAGAUACUUGGUCAAUAUGUCAACUUUUCUGACAGCAAAUAUGUACCCAGAAUUUAUACCUCUUUGACUUGGAGUUAUUUAUACAAUCGUACUUCUCUGUAUUCAAACAAUAACUACUAUCCAUAUAAUUAUGGGUAUUACUAUAACCAAUAUGCCAUGCAGUACUCAUUCCAAGCCUCUAAACACCCCAGCUACCUGUUUACGUCUCAGUCAGUGCCAUGGUAUGCUUCAUUUUACUCAUCACAGCAAAGCUGUAUGAAUUAUGGGCACUCGUGUCUUUUUGAUAAUUUCCCUGUAUUAAGCCUAACUGCACAGUUUGCCCAGGACCCUUCCAUAUUAUAUGAAAACAAAGUUGUCAUGAUUUGCAAAGAUUCUUAUGUUGCCCAUGUUCAAAAAUUCAAAGAUAAUUUUGCUUCUGUGCCCUCUAGUAAUUUUUCCUCUUCUGUGUUUCCAUGUAGCUCUGAAUACUCAUCCUACAGGUAUGCCAUCAGGCCAAUGUAUGCUGGUGUUAAUGACUGAUGGGUUGUAAGUACUGCAAGCAUCUCACAACAUGUAACAAGUUCAUAGGUGGUUACUAGGCUAUCAUCCCAAGAGCUAUUUUAAGCCUAGUGAAGCUUACCCCAAAUUUACCUAAAUGUAUUUAGUGUUUAAGACAAGAAAAUGCUGUAGUACUCACAGAAUAUUAGAUUUUAAUAGCAUAGUCUUUGUUUAAAGUGAUUGUAUAAUGGGGUUAAUUACUUGAAUAUAACUACUUGUUGACCUUUUGACUUGUCAUAGAAGUUAACCCCAUUGUGCAUUGUUCUAAUAGGUGUGGGAUAAUAGAAUAAAUAAGUAAAUAACUAAAUAAAAUGGAGUUUGAAAAUCACCUGUAGCCUUUAAACUAGAUCCGUGUCAGUUCUGUUGUUCUUUUGGGUCUGCUAUGCACUGCAGACCCUAAAAAGUAUUUUAUAUUUAAAUAGGGAGCACUGAACACCUGCCUUGUGAUUGUAGAUCAUUCUAUAUGUGCUUCAAUAAAGUGAUGAAUGUUUGUUGUUAUGUGAUGUGAACAGGUCAACAGCAUUACACAGAGUUUUCAGUCCAAUGUAUAAAACGUUUAGGUAAUUGUAUUAAUUAUUUUUAAAACUCUGACACAGUAAAAAGAAUACUUUGACUGAAAUAAGACAUCCAGAGUUUACAUAACUCUGCCAAACAA